CGCGCACAGACUUCUGGGAAACCGAGUCCACGCUCUGAAUAAUUCAAGCCGUUCCCUUUCCUCCAACGCUAACAAGAUGCCGGCCGUACAUCACAAACUGCUCCUGGAGGACGCCUUACAGGACAGUCCUCAGACUCGCUCCUUGCUCAGUGUAUUUGAAGAAGAUGCUGGGAAUCUUACAGACUACACUAACAAGCUGCUCCAGGCGAUGCAGCGGGUGUAUGGAGCACAGAGUGAGAUGGGACUGGCCACAGAGCAGCUCUCACAGCAACUUCUGGAAUAUGAGAAGAAAAAUUUUGCCCUUGGAAAAGGUGAUGAAGAGGUAGUCACCACUCUGCAGAACUUCGCCAAAACCGUAGGGGAGCUGAACGCGCUUCACUCUGACCUCGCCAACCAGAUGGCUGACAGCAUGGUCUUUCCUUUGAUUCAGUUCCGAGAGAAAGACCUCACAGAGAUAAGCACACUGAAGGAAAUAUUCACCAUUGCCACUGACGAGCACGAGGCAGCUAUGGUCAAAUACAGCCGCCUGCCCAAGAAGAAGGAGAAUGAGAAGAUGAAGUCAGACCUGAUGAAGGAGGUGGCCUACACUAGAAGGAAGCUGCACCAGGCCUCACUGCAGUAUUACUGCGCUCUCAACGCCCUGCAGUAUCGCAAGAGAGUAGCCAUGCUGGAACCAAUGCUAGGCUACACACAGAAUCAGAUCGGCUUCUUCAAAAAAGGCAUUGAGAUGGUGGCAAAGAAGACAGACAUCUUUCUGUCCUCUGUUUCCACUAUGACUCAAAGUGUCCAGAAUCAGCUGGAUACAGAAGCAGAGUCCAUGCGCGUGUCCCAGAAAGAGCUCCUGUCUGUGGAAGACACUGUCUAUAUGCCAGAUAAGGACACUGAGCCUGUCAAUCGCACACUUAUCCAGAAGGCUGGCUACCUCAACAUAAGGAAUAAGACAGGCCUGGUGACCACAGCCUGGGACCGACUCUAUUUCUUCACCCAGGGAGGGAACCUCAUGUGCCAGCCACGUGGGGCGGUGGCAGGUGGCAUGGUGCUGGACCUGGACAACAGCUCCGUCAUGGCUGUGGACUGUGAGGACAGACGCUACUGUUUUCAGAUAACCUCCCCUUCAGGCAAAACGUCGAUGAUUCUCCAAGCCGAGAGCAAAAGGGAGUAUGAAGAAUGGAUUUGCACCGUGAACAACAUCUCCAGACAGAUCUACCUGACUGACAACCCAGAGGCUGUGGCAAUCCGUCUAAACCAAACAGCCAUCCAGGCCGUCACCCCCAUCACGAGCUUUGAGAAGAGACCAGAAGGUUCACCAAACCCUGAUAGAGCAAAACCAGGAGGUGUACAUACAACCGGUAGUUCUCAGAAUCCAGGAGCUGCACCAGAACCAGAGGACCUGAUAGCCCCCGGGACGCCAAUCCAGUUUGACAUCAUGCUGCCUGCCUCUGAGUUUCAGGACCAGAACAGAGCCGGAGGGAGACGCACAAAUCCGUUUGGAGAAACAGAUGAUGACUGUUCAACAGAAAGUGACGACUCCCUCCUGCAGCAAGUAUUUGCCGUGCGCUUCCUGGGCUCGAUGGCGGUGCGCUGCGGAGACAAUCAGGAAGUCAUCUAUGAGGCCAUGAGACAGGUGCUGGCUGCCAGAGCCAUCCACAACAUCUUCAGGACCACGGAGUCACACCUCAUGGUCACGAGCAGUACCCUCAGGUUGAUUGACCCGCAGACUCAAGUUACCAGAACAAGUUUCCAGCUCGGAGAGGUUUCUCAGUUUGCAGCCCACCAGGAGAACGGGAGGCUGAUGGGAUUCGUGGUGGAGGGGAGAGACUGGAGUGAAGACGAUGAGGAAGGGGAGGCCUCGUUUAGCGCCUUCGUAUUUGAGAGCAACACAGAAGGAGAAAAGAUAUGUUACACCAUAAACUUGGCGAAGGAAAUCACAGAGGCAAAGAAGGACCCUGAAGCUCUGGCCCAGCUGAUGAAAAACAUGCCGCUAACCAACGACGGCAAAUUCCUCCUGCUGGAGCCCGAGACAGGCGACACGACCAACGGUGACGGACAAGAAGACCUUGAGUCAGAGGCCUAAUCCGUGUUUGGACCCAAAGAACCCCCAAAACUCCUGCUACCAGGGCCUGCGGUCCAACUUUUACCCAGGAGAGAAGGCUUUCCCUGGAUGAAGUUAUCACCAUGACCUCCUUGCCCUAACUCUGGUACUGUAACACCCAUAUUAGAGAGAGUAGUUCACUUUACUCACCCUGUGUUACUAAGUCUCCAUUUUUUUUGCUGUCAUGAGAGCAGAAGACUUUGGCGGGGGGGGUUGCUGCCUGGACCUAAAAGCACAUCUCUUGGGCGCUCCAUGAGAUCUGCUCUUCUCUGGUCAGACUGCAGGAUGGGUGCUUGGAUUAUGUUUCUAAACCAUUAAUGAUGGUACUUAAAUCAAAAGGGACACCAUAUAGAUAUUAUGUUUCCUUGUCUUCUUAUAUUUCCAGACAUCUAACAUACGGUGGUGAAUCAUUCGCUUCAGUUUAGGUUUACAUUUAUUAUUUUACAGUUUACAUAGUCUUCAGUCUGUUUGGAGAGCUUCUUCCUUUACGUUGUUUUACAUUUUGACUUGUAUGCAAAUACUUUAAUAUUGACUUCUCGUUCGUGUACGAAAAGAUAACGCACUUCCCAUGAAGAAAAAAGACGCUGAAUGAUUACAGAAUGCACUAACUAAGAAAAUUGAAGAAUCUUAGACUUUGAAGUCCCUAAAAUAAGCUAAACUAUGUGUUUAUGUUGCAUUCCUUGGACAAAACUAGGGUUUAAUAAUAGACUUUAUGGUUUUGUUCUUUUUUCAGCUCUCUAAAGCAUUUCUGUUAAACCCAAUUUAUGUCUUAUUUUACGUUUAAACUCCACUACAGGUACUGAAAAAGUCUUAAGAUUAACUGUAUGCAGGGUUCCUCUUUAACCGCCCAAAUCUUCUUCAGUAGAUUGAACAGUACGUUGCGCUCUGUAUCUGGAAAGCCUUUGUAAAUAUGAACUGUUUGAGUGUCUGUAUGAUGUGUAAUCAGAGUUGCCUGCAUUAAAAGCUUUCAGAGCCGGUAUGCUGGGACUGAUUCAGUGCAUGAUUAAACAGUGGCGUUCUCUCUCAGUCCCUUUGCAGAAGAUUAAAAUUGUCUACGCUGAGCGAUGAGCUGUGUUACCGGGGAAAAAACUCAGACCUUACAGUAACACAUGAAAGUAUCAUUUACUCCCUGAGACGCAGUUUGCUCAUGCAUAUGAAAACGAAUCAAAACACAGAAAGUGAAGGGGAAAUGAUAGAUCUUUUUCCCCAUUAGCUCAACAUCCCAGGGAAGUUUUCAGCCCAUUUAAGCUUCAACACCAAUCCCGAUGGACAGCUCAUCAGUGGACUGUGUGACAUUUUUAUAUGGUGUAUUACAGAUGAGGAAAAACCACAGACUUGACAUUGAUCAUGGACGUUAUGUUGUGUUGACUGAUGUGCGUUUGCCUGUCUGCUUGCUUUUUCUGCUCUAUAUCAUGACGUUGAGAAAAUACAGUUAAACAAGGACGAAGUGUGAAUUAGAAAUUUAAGACUUCCUCCUCUGACAGUGAAAUAAUAAGUCCUGGUUUUAUCGGAUGAUACCUUACACUAGGGAUGCACCAAUCCGAUCCUGGUAUCGGAUAUCGGCCAGAUCAGACUCAAACAGCUAGAUCGGAUAUCGGUGACAAGGGGCCGAUACAUAGUGCCGAUCCAGAUCUAUUCAUCUCAGUUCUAUGCGUUUCUGAAUUUACAACAGCCAUGUGCGUCUCCUACGUCAUCAGCACCGCCCGGUCUGUGCAUUUUUUGCCCGGAGGAGCAUGUUUGAAUAUAACUAGAGGCUCUGCAGUUUAGGUGCAUGUCACGCUUCUUUUGCUAACAACUCUGCCGGAAACUUGCAACAUGUGCAGUGCCAAUGUUUUGACGGAUCGGCUAGUAUCUGUAUCGGCAGAAACCAAAGCCCAGGUAUCGAUAUCGGUAUCGGGACCUAAAAAGUAGGAUCGGUGCAUCCCUACCAUAGACUGUCACCCAUCUGUUCCUGAGCGCUGUUUUGAAGCCAACCAACGGCGGCAGCCAUAUUGGAAAUGCGGAACUCAACCAAUCAAAGUAUGACGUAAAGAGGCGGAGUUUCAGCCUCCUAGCCAACAGCUAUGUGUUCCUGUCCGGGAGUCAAGUCAGUCAUGUCCUUAUUUGGGCAAAAACUCGUAAUCUUAAUAUCUUCUGAACCGCUGCGUUAAAAUUCAACCUCGUACAGAGAAAUGAGCUACGUAGACCCAAGCCGUUUUUUGAACCAGACUGUAAACAUGUUUAUUAAUGCUGCAAAGAUCGUCUUUUUUGAAUUGGUGUGUAUGUGGUUUCCGGUGUUUCUGCAGCCAGCCUCAAGCGGGUCCUCGAUGAAUUGCAGUUUAUAACACUUCCGCAUGGGCUUCAUACUUUGAUAUCGGAGGUUGCCGCUUGGAUGAUGCUCAUUAUGAUCAAAAGAAUGAAGGGAUUGUUUGACAUUUAAGUAAAUGCACUGAUUAGAGGGUUGAUACCACUUUCACAUCAUAUAGUGCAGUAAUCUCUGCCUGCUGUUGGCCAUGGAUCUAUACUCUAAAAACAGCUAUUACAGUGAUAUUGAUCCUCCUUCUUUCUCUCUCACAGAGACCAAUUUAUAAUUUCCAGAAUUGUCCAACAGGUCAUUAACGGUCCGUUCUGUUUCCUGAUGUGUAUCAACAGGUAUUGAAAAUGUCCCCGUCCAUUAGAGUGUUGCCGUCCCUCCUCAGAGGUGCUGGUAGAGAUGCUUCAAUCACACCUUUAAUAAAACUGCAGUAACGAAAACAAACACGCUGAGCUCAUCAGUCACACAGUCUGCUGUUGUCUGUCCUGUUUCAUGAGGUACACAUGCCGUCGCGGCGUCGCCUGUGUUGUUCCUCUGAUAAAAAAAACAACUCUCCGGCAAACCAACUCGUCGAACUGAAAGAGGUUGCAGCGGCACAUCACCCUCCUCACAGCUGUGCCGCACGGCCCUGAAAUAUGUAUGCUCUGUGAAUAAUGCUCUGUCAGGAGGAAUCUGGGUACUUCAUGGUGUAGAGGAAAACAGUGUGAAAUAGGAAGGACUACAUCUGCUUCCCUUUCUGUUCCUAUUUGUAAAAAGCUGAAGUCUGCAGAAUCCACUACCCAUGAUGCUUUGCACUUCAUUUGUCCUUUUCUAAAAAAUCCAUGUUAACAUGCAAUCUUUAAUAAAUAUGUCAUGUUUUUUCUUA